AUGCCACCCCUUCGGCCGUACGACCAGCUGUUCCCGUGGCCGUCAUCUCUGGCCGCGUUCAGCCGCUAUCUGGCGGAUCAAGUGGUGUACUUUGACCGCCAACUGUUGGCCAUCAGUAAGCCGUGGGGCGUCGGUAUCCAUCGACCGCAGGCCACCAUCACCGACAAGAACGGCCACCUCUUGCAGAUGGCAUACCACGGAUCGCCUCGUUAUUGCAUUCGGGAAGCGCUGGAACCGUUGGCCGCACUGAUGGGUGUGAAGAGGUUAACGCUGGUGAAGAGUUGCGAGCGAUUCACGUCCGGUAUAAUACUGUUGGCCGCCGACGAGCCGACGGCCGCUCGCGCCCAGCGGUGUCUGCGCCGAUCGGCCGCACUGUCCGCACCGGCGAUGCAAUACCUGUGCGUUACGAAGGGUUGGCCAACCAUAGAGGGUGGGCAGGAGUUGACCGAAAGGGUGGGCAUUAAACUGCUGGAGUUGGACGAGUUGGGCGACCAUAAGCAGCCGAUUAUAGUGCCGGCGCCCCAAUUGACCAAAAGUAUGCGACAGCGCCGCAAACCCCAGGCCGACGGUAUGAUCGUUAAGCCCGUGUUGUGCCGACUCAAGACACUCAAUGUGAACAAGUCUUAUGGCGUGGCGUUAGUCGAGUUGUCCACUAAUAUCACUAAAUACUCGUUCAUUGAGUGCUAUUUGGCUAAUAAGGCGUCGUUUGUAUUGGGUGACACCCGAUUCUCACGCCAAGUGCAGCACAUAAUGGGAACCCCGAUGUCUAUCAAACCGACAAAAAUGAAUUACUCGCAAGACAUCGAACCGCUGGCCGACAAUAUACUGAAACGGCUGGGCGUGAAGACCAACGGCCAGAUACCGGUGCUCGUCCAUCACCACCGCCUAACACUUCCCUAUUAUUUCAGUAAGAAAGGCAAACAAGAUUUGGUCAUCGAGUGUCCCAAACUGCCCGACCAUUUCCAGUGGACUCUUCAGCGGUUGGCACUCAAUCCACCGGAGCUGACCGCCGGUGCCAAUUGAGCGGCCGAUUGGUGUCACACAACUGAUCCCUUAUCAUGACUUUCUAUCCUCUAAACUCCUCCCCCUAUCUCUCCAUUAGUGUUAAUAUUUGUAAAUAUAAUUGUUUCGUAAUUAAAAGUUUUAAUAGUUAUUAAAAUUA